CGCUCACACAACUGCAGCAUCGCAAGGGCCGGACUUACAAGUCAUAACACCGCGCUACGAUCAUCUCUAUCGACGUCACCAGCCCGAAAAGUGGCAAACACACGCAGCAUGUCCACCGCACAGCUUCCCGCAAAGAUGCACGCAAUUGGCAUCAACAAGACGGGCGACUUCGAGGUCAUCGAGAAGAUCGAGCUGCCCGUUCCCGCGAACGCGCCCGGGAACGUGCUUGUCAAGAUCCAUUAUGGAGGCGUCAACUUCAUCGAUACGUACUAUCGGAAGGGCCUGUACCCCAUCGCCAAGUUCCCGCAACCUCUGGGUACGGAGGCCGCGGGCGAGAUCGUCGGGCUUCCGACGGACGAUGCCGUGCUGAACGACGAGGAGUACAAGCUCCGCGGGUUCGCGCUCGGAGGCAAAGUCGCCAUCUACGGUCUCGGAGCGUUCGCUGAGUACGUGAGCGUGCCCUGGGCCAAAGCCUACCCAGUCCCCGCCGGGCUAUCCACUAAGACCGCCGCCGCAGGGCUCACCCAAGGCGCGACCGCGCUCACCUUCAUCACCGAGGCAUACCCCGUCCAGAAAGGCGACACCGUGCUCGUGCACACCGUCGCCGGCGGACUCGGCCUGCUCUUCGCGCAGCUCAUCAAGGCGCGCGGCGCGACCGUCAUCGGCACGACGAGCACCGCCGCGAAGGCCGCGCUCGCGAAGGAGGCGGGCGCGGACCACGUCAUCCUGUACACGCAGGAGGACACCGUGCAGCGCGUGCUGGAGCUCACGGGCGGGGAGGGCGUGCAUGCGAUCUUCGAUGGGGUCGGGAAGGAUACGUUCGAGAGCGACUUCAAGAUGAUCCGCCGGAAGGGCACGCUCGUGUCUGUUGGGAACGCAUCUGGGGCUGUCCCGCCGUUCCCCCCGCUGAAGCUCGUCGAGAAGAACGUGCGCCUCCUGCGUCCCACCAUGGGCAACUAUGUGUACACGCCGGAGGAGGGCCGCCGCUACAGCACGGAGCUCUUCAAGCUCAUCGCGGACGGAGACCUCAAGGUCCGCAUCCAUGCGGAGUACCCGUUCACGGCCGAGGGCGUGCAGCAGGCGCAGAAGGACCUCACCGGGGGCAAGACUGUGGGCAAGCUCAUCAUCAAGAUCGCGCCGGAUGCGGAGGCUUGAAGGCCGGAGUAUUCCCUGUUGCGCUGUGAGGACUCAGGAUGAUUUCGGUUGGAAAGGAAUGUUCGGACGAGAUUGUACGAAUAUCAUCGUGUUUAUCUAUUCGUCCGUGUGUGAUAUCAA